AAUGAGUUGUACUUCAGAAUUAAAAACUGAACUGUGAGCAGUGAUGGCAGAGUGAAGCGAACGAUAACCCCACCAAAGGCUGAACGAUUUCCCCCUUUUUUUUAUUUAUUACUUCUUAAAAAUUUUCGUGGAUUUUUAAAGCACUUUAGCUAGAGAAUUUUUAGUUAUUUCUCAGCUCAGAAAUGAGAAAUUCAUUUAUAAUUUAUUUCUGGACCUCUCAAUCUUCACUCUGUAGCUAACGCAUGCUCCUAGUCGAUUCCGGAGCUGGUUCGGGUCUGACCGCCGGCGAUUUCAUCGAAUCUCUCAGAUCUGAAUCGGUGAUACUCAUCGGCGCCAGUAAUGUUGCACUUCGCUGAGCUGCUGCUGGUUUUCUCCACUCAAAACGGAGUGGUAAGGAAGGUCAAUUGCUUAGUGCUGAAACAUUUGCUUGUGCUAUUUUAUGUCUUGUCUAACACCAGUCUACCGGGUAAGCUGUUGGAAGCUGAUGCUCUAGCUACAGUCAGUACACCUUUGACAGCAUCCUCUAUACCUGAUUUACCUAUACGGGCUGAUCUUCCUAUAUUUCAUAAACCACAUUGGAAACAUGCUCCUCCUUAUGUUGCACCAGGGCUAGAGCUAGUUCCGGCUCAGCCUCCUAAGUAUGGUCCAUUGGUAACUUAUGCACACCCUCCUUCAAGCUCCCACUUGUCCAGACCAUUAAUGAAGAAGAGUGGAGUAGUACCUCCGACUGCAGGGCUCUUACCUCCAAAAUUUGAUCAGAUUGCUCCAACACAAUCAAGUGCUAGUAGUAUACCUUUGGCUCAGCCACCACUUUCACCUCAAACUUCUGACUGUUGUGGACCAGACAUGGUACUUAAGAGAGGAAGUCUGCCUUGCAACUGUGUGUACCCAAUAAAGAUCGAUCUUCUCCUUUUGAAUGUCUCAUCUAACCCACAUUGGAAUAAUCUUUUUCUAAAUGAAUUUGCUAAACAAUUGGGUUUGCAGAUUUCUCAAAUUGAGCUAAUUAACUUUUAUGUUAUUGAUUUGUCAAAACUUAAUAUCUCAAUGGACAUUACACCAUACAAGGGAAUUAGCUUUUCAGCAAUCGAAGCCUCCAACAUAAACUCUUCAUUGUAUAUGCAUAAGGUUCAUCUAAACCCUGCAUUAGUAGGUGGUUAUCAACUUCUCAAUAUAACCUGGUUUAAAGCUCCAGCCUCAUCUCAAGCACCUCUAGCUGCUAUGUCACCAAUGGAAGCAGGUCCACACCUACCUUCAACUCAUGCCCCAUUCACCCCUGCAGAUAAGGGGAAGCAUCCAAACUUGAUUCUUAUUGUGGGAAUUGUUGCUGGCAUACUUAUCUUUGCAGUUAUCUCCAUGCUGAUAAUUUAUGCCUGUGCUUCUAAGCGAGGAAAGAAGAAAAGAUCACCUAACGAGACUGUGAAGCCUAGGAGUGUAGAUUCAAUUCAAACUGUAGGGUCUUUUGCCCAUCCUACAAGUACAAGGUUUCUUGCAUAUGAAGAACUGAAAGAAGCGACAGCUAACUUUGCACCAUCUAGUGUCCUUGGAGAGGGUGGUUUUGGCAGGGUGUUCAAGGGUGUAUUAAGUGAUGGUACUGCUGUGGCCAUCAAGAGACUUAGUAGUGGAGGACAGCAAGGAGAUAAAGAAUUUCUAGUUGAGGUUGAGAUGCUUAGUAGACUACACCACCGAAAUCUUGUGAAACUUAUUGGCUAUUAUAGCAGUAUUGAUUCUUCACAAAACCUACUGUGUUAUGAGCUUGUUCCUAAUGGAAGCUUGGAGUCUUGGCUUCAUGGCCCUUUGGGGGUAAACUGCCCUCUGGACUGGGACACCAGAAUGAAGAUUGCGCUUGAUGCUGCAAGAGGACUUGCGUACUUGCAUGAGGACUCCCAACCAUGUGUUAUCCACAGGGAUUUCAAAGCAUCCAAUAUUUUGCUUGAGAACAACUUUCAUGCUAAAGUAGCUGAUUUUGGUCUAGCAAAACAAGCCCCUGAAGGCCGAGCAAAUUAUCUGUCUACCCGUGUUAUGGGCACAUUUGGGUAUGUAGCCCCUGAAUAUGCUAUGACCGGGCACCUAUUAGUAAAAAGUGAUGUCUACAGUUACGGGGUUGUCCUCCUUGAGUUGUUGACUGGAAGGAAGCCUGUGGACAUGUCACAACCAUCAGGACAGGAGAAUCUUGUUACUUGGGCCAGGCCAAUCCUAAGAGAUAAAGAUCGACUGGAAGAACUUGUUGAUCCACGACUUGAUGGGAAGUAUCCGAAGGAAGAUUUUGUACGGGUUUGCACAAUUGCUGCAGCUUGUGUUGCUCCAGAAGCAAAUCAACGGCCUACAAUGGGGGAGGUUGUACAAUCACUAAAGAUGGUGCAGCGCGUAACUGAGUAUCAGGAUUCCACAGCAAAUUCCAACCCUCGACCCAACCUUAGGCAGUCAUCCACAACCUUUGAAUCCGAUGGUACAUCAUCAAUGUUCUCUUCUGGUCCUUACUCUGGCUUGAGUGCAUUUGAAAUGGACAUCUCUCAGACAGCCGUAUUUUCUGAAGACCUACAUGAAGGACGAUAACCAUUCUUACAAUCUGAACUGCAGUAGAACUUUGCAGGGAAUUUUUGUGAUGUAAUGGCAGAUCUUUCUUUCCCCCUUGUAUUUGAUUCCCCUUGGGCUGGGAUGGUGGGGCUAUUCAUCCCUUGUAGAGAACCAUUGUUCAGUCAGUUUUUCAAUGUGGUAACUCUCUACUGUUGGAUGAGAGCUGUACAUAUGUUUGAUACCAUCGCUUCUUUUUCAUAUUGGAAAUGUAUUGUUGGGUUCUACUACUUAA